AUGCAAAAUAAUGCGAGAAAUCACUCACGAACAUUGGAUGCUUCCUCCACUCGAGCAGAAAGCAAUGAAGAUUGGACCCAGAUCAACGACAGGAGAGCGCGAAAAAGGGUGCAGAACCGGUUGAGUCAACGUAAGACUCCGAUUCUCAGUAUCAAAUUCAUAUCUGACUUAAUAGGUACUUACCGUGAGAAAAUGAGGAGGAGGCUCGAAGACGCCAAGAACAUAAAGAAGAGGCUCGAAGACGCCGAGGCUGCGCAGAAGGCUGCGCAGCCGCCAGUAGGGCCUCUACCAGUGCCACCUAAGUCCCGCUCCGACCAACAAACUCUCAGGGCACAGGACUCUGGCCAAGUGGCUCCUUCGUCGUCCAGCGUGCACUACCUCUACACGAAUACACCCUACAACUCCUUACCGCCCAUUGACUCAUCUUACGCCUAUACACAUCCAAUCUCACCUGAAGAUGAUAUCCAGCCAUCAAACUUGGGACGACACAGGCUUGGAUACGCUUUCUAUGAUGCCUUCAACGCUGGCCUAGACCCAGUCGACCAGCUAACUCUACAAACCUUCGGCCAACCUACUGAGGGUUCCUUGAUCAAUUUCGAAGAGGGACAACUAAAGGGAAUCGCAGAGGGCCCUAUCUCCAUUCUCGACAAGCAUAGAAGAGCUCCGCACGAUCAAACAGACAUUCCUAAACUGGCUCAGAUCAUGAGCGAAAUGAGAUACAACAUUACAGUACAUUUCGAACUGUUCUCCUCUUUUAUUGAGAGAUUACAGCAGGCACUACCCGAGCCGCGCUUCGACAAUCAAGCUUUUUGGUAUGUGCGAGUACUGCUGGGGAAAUACCUAGAUCAGAUGAUUCAGGUUCGAAAGGAGAGGGAGACUCUAUACGGAAAGGCAGUGAAAAUGAAGGGUAAACUAAGAACGUUUGAUACUACAGAGGACACCUAUACUCUAGUGAUCGAGACUUCGGGUGAGAAGUUCAAUGGGAUAACUGUCUAUGCAGACGAGUACUGGAAAGGAAUCGCCACGAUUGAAAGAUACGUCGAAGAUGUCCCACUCAGUCACUCUAUCGACUACACGCCCUCAACGGCAUCCGCUGACGAUCCAUACGUGUACCUCCAGCUGUAGAGGCAUCGCAGGGCAACGACGGCAUGUUUUCGAUGGUAGGAAGAUAAAGUGCGAUUCUGUUGGACGACAGAGCUGCUCAAAUUGUGUUGGAGCAAUGGAAAGGUGCAUUCUCGCAGCGUAGUUUUCAUUGUGUAUGUACUUAAUGCCUUUCAAGAUUAAUACGACUAGGGAUGUAAGCU